CAGCUACCGGCUCCAUUUGUAGCAAGGUCCAUCACCACCACUCUCCCGAACAGCCAGAAGAAACACCACCGAAGGGCUGAUCGCAACCGGAAACCGCAACCAUGAACGGCACAGAGGGACCCUAUUUCUAUAUCCCUAUGCAAAACACCACCGGCAUUGUCAGGAGUCCUUAUGAAUAUCCUCAGUACUAUCUCGUCAACCCGGCAGCAUAUGCCUGCCUGGGCGCCUACAUGUUCUUCCUCAUCCUGGUCGGUUUCCCCGUCAACUUCCUCACCCUCUACGUCACCCUCGAACACAAGAAGCUGCGAACCCCUCUAAACUACAUCCUGCUGAACCUCGCGGUGGCCGACCUCUUCAUGGUGUUCGGAGGAUUCACCACAACGAUGUACACCUCCAUGCAUGGCUACUUCGUUCUAGGACGCCUUGGCUGCAAUCUGGAAGGAUUCUUUGCUACCCUUGGUGGUGAAAUUGCCCUCUGGUCACUGGUCGUAUUGGCUAUUGAGAGGUGGGUGGUCGUCUGCAAGCCCAUCAGCAACUUCCGCUUCGGUGAGAAUCAUGCUAUUAUGGGUUUGGCAUUCACCUGGGUGAUGGCUGCAGCUUGUGCCGUGCCCCCUCUUUUUGGCUGGUCUCGUUACAUCCCUGAGGGCAUGCAGUGCUCAUGUGGAAUCGACUACUACACUCGUGCAGAGGGCUUCAACAACGAGUCCUUCGUCAUCUACAUGUUCAGCUGCCACUUCUGCAUUCCACUGGUUGUUAUUUUCUUCUGCUAUGGCCGUCUGCUGUGCGCUGUCAAGGAGGCUGCUGCCGCCCAGCAGGAGUCUGAGACCACCCAGAGAGCUGAGAGGGAAGUCACCCGCAUGGUCAUUAUCAUGGUCUUCGCCUUCCUGACAUGUUGGUGUCCCUAUGCCGGAGUGGCCUGGUUUAUCUUCACACAUCAGGGCUCUGAAUUCGGACCACUCUUCAUGACCGUCCCAGCCUUCUUUGCCAAGAGUUCCUCCAUCUACAACCCAAUGAUCUACAUCUGCAUGAACAAGCAGUUCCGUAACUGCAUGAUCACUACCCUGUGCUGUGGAAAGAACCCCUUUGAAGAGGAAGAGGGAGCCUCCUCUACUGCUUCCAAGACCGAGGCCUCUUCCGUCUCCUCCAGCUCCGUGUCUCCUGCAUAAAAAGAGCGUCAAGCAAAGGCUCCAUGAUCCACUACCCAAGAAGAAGACCUCUGCUCUCCCAGGGAAACGACUGAAGGCUAAAGUCUACAGAAAUAACUUCCUUUUUGUAUUUUUACAAAUGAGUUGGUUCAACUUAAAAGACAGUUGCAGGAAUGAUCAGCCCAUUACAGAGUUAUUCCUGUAUGUACAGAAUAUCCAACUUAACAAUCUUUUGAGAAUUUUUUUUUUUCCUGAGAAGAAAGGAAAAAAUGUUAAUCUUUCACAGUUGGACCCUAUAUGAUACUGGCUUAUUUUUGAAUGUAGAGGCAUGUAAUCAAGGCAACGUAAAAUAAAACGCACUUUGCAAAUGA